UUCAGCGCUUUGUGUUUUUACGUCGCCAUGUGUGAUUGUUCGGUGUAUGCGGCCUUGGGGUGUACUGUUGUGCUGUGCGCUGGACGUUACCAGGUCCAGCAAGCGAUAAGGGAUUGUUUAUUGGAAAGAGAUGGAGUCAACUGGGCAGAUGACAUCACCUGCUGGUCAGAUGACAUCAUCCAUCAAUCAGAUGACAUCACCAGCCGCCCAGUCAGUCAGUGAGGUUGGCUAUGGCGCGCUACCAGUCGACCAUGACGCAUACAGCCUGCUGCUAUCGCCGGGUGCUGAAAUAGGCACCUUCCUGCUGCCCGAGGGCGGCGGCGCCGUCAUGGCACCGAUGGCGCGCGUCGUGCCCGUGGGCGUGCUCAAGGCCGGUACAGUGGAGACGUUCUCGGCGGUGGACGACAGCGCGGGCGAGCCUUGCGUUCAGCAGCUGGGGCCGGCCGGCGAAAGCCACUGCCUGGUGUGUAACGGGCCGCCGCCGAGCGAGCCGUAUUCACUGUUCGACGGCAGUCUGUACACGACGACGAGCCGGUCGACAGUGCUGGCGACGCUGGAGCAGGCGGUGGAGGCGGCGCUGGACCCGCUGCAGGCGCACAGUCACGUGAUCUGCUCCAACUGCUACGACCUGGCCGACCGGCUGGACCAGCUGCAGGAGGAGCUGCGCCAGGCGCGCGACGCCGUGCGCCGGCUCUUCUGGCACACGGCCGGCCUCUAUCACGCCGCCGCCGCCGCCUCCUCGGACGAGGUGAAGGUGGAGCGGCGGCGGUCGCAACGCGCCGCCACUCAGCACGAGCCCGGACACUACCGCAGUCUGGCCGACGGCCGCACCACCUCGCCGCCCGCUGAGGUCAAGCCGCAGCCGACCGAGGUCAAGCUGCAGCCGACCGAAGCCGGCGCACUCUGCAACGAACUCGACAUCGACAUCCACGUCGAGAAGACGGCCAAGAAGCGUGAAAAGAGGGAGGGGCGCCUGUUGUGCCGCUACUGCGGUAAGACGUUCCAGCGGCCAGCUCGUUUGCAGCAGCACGAGGCGUCCCACACUGUGCAGACGGUCAACCAGUGCCACAUAUGCAGCAAAAUAUUCAGCCAGAAGUACUACCUGAGGGAGCACAUCAAACAGGUCCACGAGCGGCGCAGCCUACACAGGUGCGACACAUGCGGCAAGGUGUUCAUGCGUCGUCUGCACCUAGACGACCACGUGCGCACCCACAGCGGCGACCGGCCGUACACGUGUGAGGUGUGCGGACGGGGCUUCAGUCAGCGCGGCAACCUGCGCGCCCACGCGCUGGUGCACACGGGCCAGUUCCCGUACCAGUGUGACACGUGCGGCAAGCGGCUGCGCACGCGCCAGGCGUUCGAGGCGCACCAGCGCAAGCACAACGACGACCGCCGCUUCGGCUGCGACCUGUGCUCGGCGUCGUUCCUGCUGAAACGCUCGCUAGAGCGGCACCUGCGCAAGCACACCGGCGCUCGGCCGUUCAAGUGCAACCACUGUGACCGGGCGUUCCGGGACCGCGGCGACCUGCGCUGCCACGAGGUCAUCCACAGCGCGCAGCGGGCGCACGUGUGCCCGCUCUGCGGGCUCGGCUUCACGCGCCGCUACAAGAUGCAGAAGCACCUGCGCACCAAGCACGAGCAGUCCGAGGAGCAGGUGCAGGAAUUGUGUCUGCUGCAGCAGACGGCGCACCAGAUGCUGUCGCAGCAGGACAAGCUGGACGCGUCGCUGGGGGCAGCGCCGGCCGGGCCUUCCGAACCGGCGGCAGGGCCCGAUGGGGCGCGGCCCGCCAUUGAUCGUGCUGAGCGCCAGCCCCGCUCCCGCCGACUGACUCCCGCGGCGCUGGGCGAGACGACCACCGCCAGAUGUACUUAG